GGGUCACUCAUUUGUUUAGGCAGUAGGGUGUUUCUGCUGGGGUCUGGAUUGGAGUUACACAGACCGGACCCUACGUGUAUGAUUGAGGACAAAACAGGAUUCCCCUUGUCUCAAAGAGUCUACAUGUCUAAUAUUUAGACAUGUUCAGCUUUGUGGAUAUCCGGUUAGGGCUGCUGCUGGCCGCGGCGGUCCUCGUGGUGAGAGGACAAGGAGAGGAUGAUAUCUCAUUCGGUAGCUGUACAUUGGACGGUCAGAAUUACAACGACAAGGAUGUAUGGAAACCUGAGCCCUGCCAGAUCUGCGUCUGCGACAGCGGGACAGUCAUGUGCGACGAUGUGAUCUGCGAGGAUACAUCAGGCUGUGACAAUCCAGAGAUUCCCGAAGGAGAAUGCUGCCCCAUCUGCCCCGACGAUGGAGACAUUGUGACUGAAGGUCCUGUGGGUCCUGUUGGUCCAGUUGGAGAUCCAGGUCCUCCAGGGGCUCCUGGCAGAGACGGUAUUCCUGGAGAGAACGGACUCCCUGGACCUCCUGGUCCUCCUGGAACCCCUGGCCUUGGCGGCGGAUCUUUCCUCUCCCAGAUGGCUUACGGCAGUGAGAAAUCCAGCGGCCCCCCUGUCCCCGGACCCCCAGGCCCCCCGGGUCCCCGUGGCCCCCCUGGAAUUUCAGGUUCACCUGGCCCCGCGGGAUUCCCUGGACCCCCAGGUGAGCCUGGAGAGCCUGGUUCUCCUGGCCCGAUGGGUUCUCGCGGUCCCCCUGGUCCUUCUGGAAAGAAUGGAGAGGAUGGUGAAGCAGGCAAAGCCGGGCGUCCUGGAGAGCGCGGAGCCGCCGGGCCCCAGGGUGCUCGUGGAUUUCCAGGAACCCCUGGACUCCCCGGCAUCAAGGGACACAGAGGUUUCUCUGGUCUAGAUGGAGCUAAGGGAGACACUGGACCUGCUGGACCUAAGGGAGAGCCCGGUGUUCAUGGUGAGAGCGGUAUUGCAGGAGUCAUGGGUGCUCGUGGUUUGCCCGGUGAGAGAGGUCGGCCUGGUGCUCCCGGCCCUUCUGGUGCACGCGGUAAUGAUGGAAACACUGGUGCUGCUGGACCUCCCGGACCCACUGGCCCUGCUGGUCCUCCUGGAUUCCCUGGUGGUGCUGGUGCUAAGGGAGAAAGCGGCCCUGCUGGAGGUCGUGGUUCAGAAGGACCCCAAGGAGCCCGUGGAGAGCCGGGUAACCCUGGACCUGCUGGUGCUGCUGGUCCUGCUGGAGCUCCUGGUGCUGAUGGUGGUCCUGGUGGCAAAGGAUCUCCUGGUGCUGCUGGUAUUGCUGGCGCUCCUGGUUUCCCAGGAUCCCGUGGACCUGCUGGACCCCCUGGCCCCUCUGGUGCUCCUGGCCCCAAGGGAAACAAUGGUGAUCCAGGACCCCAAGGCUCUAAGGGAGAUGGCGGUCCUAAGGGAGAACCCGGCCCAGUUGGACCCCAGGGUCUGGCCGGACCUGCUGGUGAAGAAGGAAAGCGAGGAGCUCGUGGUGAGCCUGGUGGCGCUGGACCUGUCGGACCCCCCGGAGGCCGUGGUGCCCCUGGCAAUCGUGGUCUUCCUGGUAGUGAUGGAGCUCCUGGACCCGGGGGGGCCCCUGGAGAGCGUGGAGCCAAUGGACCGAUGGGACCUCAAGGAGCCAGCGGAGAGUCUGGUCGCCCAGGAGAGCCAGGAUUGCCUGGAUCCAAGGGUAUGACUGGUGCCCCUGGAAGCCCUGGACCUGAUGGCAAAGCUGGACCCUCUGGUGCAUCUGGACAAGACGGCCGUCCUGGACCCCCUGGACCUGCUGGAUCUCGUGGUGCUCCUGGUGUGAAGGGAGAGCCUGGUGCUAUUGGACCUCCAGGAGUGACUGGUGCUCGUGGAGCCCCUGGAGAGCGUGGAGAGCAUGGUCCUCCUGGACCUGCUGGUUUUGCUGGACCUCCUGGUGCCAACGGACAGCCUGGUGCUAAGGGACAGACCGGUGACUCUGGACCCAAGGGUGAUGCUGGAGCUCCUGGACCCACUGGACCCGUCGGAGCCGCUGGCCCACAGGGACCUGCUGGUGCUACUGGAGCUAAGGGUGCUCGUGGUGGUGCUGGACCUCCUGGUGCUACUGGUUUCCCUGGUGCUGCCGGUCGAGUCGGACCUCCAGGUCCUCCUGGUGCUGCUGGACCCCCAGGCCCAACCGGUGGUGUUGGUAAAGAAGGACAGAGAGGAGCCCGUGGUGAGCGAGGCCCCGCAGGUCGCCCUGGAGAGGCCGGGGCCUCUGGACCCCCAGGACCCUCCGGAGAGAAGGGUAGCGUUGGCCCCGAUGGCCCUGCUGGCGCCCCUGGUUCUCCAGGACCUCCUGGUUUUAUUGGAACUCGUGGUAUUGUCGGUGCUCCUGGACUAAGAGGAGAGAGAGGACCUGGUGGUCUCGCCGGACCUUCUGGAGAGCCAGGUAAGCAGGGACCCGUGGGGCCCUUAGGAGAGCGGGGGCUUCCUGGACCCAUGGGUCCUCCUGGACUGGGUGGAGCUCCUGGUGAAGCUGGUCGUGAGGGUAACCCUGGACAUGAUGGUGCUCCUGGCCGUGACGGUCCUCCUGGACCAAAGGGAGACCGCGGUGAGUCUGGCAACUCCGGCCCUCCUGGGGCCCCUGGUGCUCCUGGAGCUCCUGGCCACAUGGGUCCAUCGGGCAAGAAUGGAGAUCGUGGAGAGGCUGGUCCCGCUGGUCCUGCCGGUCCUGCCGGUCCUGCUGGUGUUCGUGGUGCUCAAGGUCCAGCUGGUGCUCGAGGAGAUAAGGGUGAGGCUGGAGAGGCUGGAGAGCGAGGCAUGAAGGGACACCGCGGCUUCACUGGAAUGGCUGGAGUUCCUGGACCUCCUGGAUCCCCUGGUGACCAAGGACCCGCCGGACCAUCUGGCCCCGCUGGACCUCGUGGACCUUCUGGCUCCAACGGCAUGCCUGGUAAGGAGGGUAUGAAUGGUUUGCCUGGACCUGUUGGACCUCCUGGACCCCGAGGUCGCUCUGGAGAAAUGGGACCUGCUGGUGCUCCUGGUCUUCCCGGACCCCCAGGACCUCCUGGCCCCCCAGGCAUCGGCGAGCAGUUCCACCACAUGCCUCAGGUAGAGAAGGGUCCAGAUCCUCUGCGUGGAGGCUACAGAGCCGACGACGCCAGCGUUCGUGACCGCGACACUGAGGUGGACACCAACCUAAAAUCUCUGAGCCAGAAGAUCGAGAAAAUCCGCAGCCCCGAGGGAACCCAGGCCAACCCUGUCCGCAUGUGCCGCGACGUGAGGAUGAGCCAUCCAGACUGGAAGAGCGGUUCCUACUGGGUGGAUCCCAACCAGGGCUCUCCUCUGGAUGCCAUCAAAGUCUUCUGCAACAUGGAGACUGGGGAGACCUGCCUCAGCCCAUCUCAGAACACCAUUCCCAUGAAGAACUGGUACACCAGCAAGAACAUCAGAGAGAAGAAGCACGUUUGGUUUGGAGAGUCCAUGCCCAAUGGCUUCCAGUUCCAGUACGGCAGCGAGGGCUCUGAUCCAGAGGAUGUUAACAUCCAGCUGACCUUCAUGCGUCUGAUGUCCAACGAGGCUUCUCAGAACAUCACCUACCACUGCAAGAACAGCAUCGCCUACAUGGACCAGACCACAGGCAACCUGAAGAAGGCUCUGCUGCUGCAGGGCUCCAACGACAUCGAGAUCAGAGCGGAGGGCAACAGCCGCUUCACAUACAGAGUCAGCGAGGACGGCUGCACGUCACACACUGGCACAUGGGGCAAGACAGUCAUUGACUACAAGACAACGAAAACAUCUCGUCUGCCAAUCAUUGAUAUCGCUCCUAUGGACAUUGGUGCUCCUGAUCAGGAAUUCGGCGUAGAAGUCGGCCCAGUCUGCUUCUUGUAAAAAGAAAAAUGUGGACAUAACUUUGCUGUUUUUUUUACUAGCAGUCAUCUUCAAAUCUUUUCCUGUUCAUAAAAAAAAAAAGUCUGAACUCUUAUUCGGCUGCAAUCGGUCCAUGUGCUUAACCCUGAACCCCUGAGGACGGUGCGAUUCCCAUCUCGAGAAGAAAAAAAUAAUUCUUAAACCCAAAUUGAGGACCCCUGCAUCGCGAUCAUGGACACUUAGCGAGAAUCCUUUGCAUCAGCUGACAACAAGAAGAUAAUAUAUACUUGUAAAACGCCCCGCCCCCUGGAGUCCAGUCAAAAAUGACCACCUGGUGACUUUUUGUGCCGUGUUUUUUUUUUUUUUUUUUGACCACUGCAAAAGGACAAUGAGAAACAAGCAAAUGCUAAUGUACCAUUCUCUGGUGUUGAAUAAACAUGACAAACGACAGCCGAGUGUCUUGUUCCUUCUAAGUGAGAAAACUCACUAAACCUCACAGUUAGCUCAAUGGUGCAACGUCAUCUUGAUAUAAAGGCUACCUCAGGACAAAAACAGAUGCUGGGGGGAAAACAAAGGCUUUUUUUUUAAAUUCAAGCCAAGUAAGAGAUUAGUAACAGGUAUGAAAAGGUGCUACUUGCUCUCCAGGUCCUGUCUGCGGUGUGUUUGGUGCUGUCACGCGCAGGCCGUUUGGUGCUAACUGUCAACAGAAUGUCAAUGUGAUGCAUUUAUCAAAGUGUCAGCAGACGAGGAGAAUAAAACGGCUGGUUACUGUAGAUUUGCACUUAACCCUGUAUGGCUUAAGCGGAUGGACUGAUUGCCAGUUCGUCUCGUUUCCGUUCCCCCUUCCUGAGAAGUCUUCUAUUUGUCUGUACAUGCCGCUCCCUCCGUUUCCAGAUUUUAUUUCUACUUUCAAAAUGCACAUCUUUUCUCUUUUUGUUUUCGUUUGUUUGAUUUGUUUUCAGUGAAAGGUUUCUCAAGGCGGCACAAAGGAAAAGCCACAGAAGCGAAACAGAUCUUCAGACGGUUCCAACAGAGGAUCUGUGCUUAUUUUGUACAUGUAUAGUAUUUUGAGAUGUUUUUAAUUAUUUUGGAUGUUGAAAUAAAGCAUGUUUAUGUGGUCAACUGGACGCUGGAUAUGUUAUCUUCUUGCCGUGGCCUUGAUGCCUUUCUCUAAGCAUGAAUUAAACAAACCACAAUGCUUUCACUCAA